UUUUAUACGAAUAGAUUAUAGAUAUUAGAUAAUGUAAAAUAAAAGUGAAUAGGUUUUACGAUUAAUAAUUAUUAAUUAAUGAAUCAGUUUUCAAUAUCUCGAAAUUUCGUGCAUGUCCGGAACGCCAUUCACCAUUGGAAAUAAAUCAUUAUGUUCUUGACGAAUGUUUUACUGAAAAAGGUAAAAUCCAAGCACACUAUGGUGCUAAUGGAAAGCAUGGUUAGCGGUCAUAAAUACAACGUAUUCAGGGAACGUUUGGCCGACAAACUAGAACUUGUACAUUUCGAUCCAUGGAUAGGUCAAAUGUCCGUCUACAAGGAAAGAAAAAAAAUAAGAAGUGCAAACGUAAAGAGAUUCACAGAGCCUACAUAACAGUCAAACAAUUACUUGUAUUAAUAAUUUAUAAAACGUAGUAUAUUUGUAAGCAUUUAUAUUUUUAAAUUGUAAAAUAUAUUAAUUUAACUAUACUAAAA